AUGGAUCAAAAAUCAGAAGUUAAGCCUGAGUCACUCUCAACAUGCACAUUGUUGUUCCAAUUUGUUGGUCUGCAAUACUUUUCGCUAUCGUCAAAAAAUCAGCUGCUGCCAACAAGCAAGCUAUUGCUGCACAAAAUCAUUUUCGGUUGUGUCUUGCUUUAUGUCUUACUAGAAAUAAUUGGAAUUGCUGUUGUCAUUAAAAUCGAGCAAAAAGCACUUCAGGAAGAUACAAAAAACAGCACAAAGACACAGAUGGGCAUGCUUGUUCAUUAUGGAUCUUAUUCCUUCAUGACUUUUGUGAUUUUAAUGUCAGCUUUGCAUGCUUGGUACAACUCAGUCAAGGCUAUGAAGAUUUUCAAUCAACUCGAAAAAAUUCAUAAAACUUUUGACGACGAGACUGGAUGUGUGCCUAAAUAUGAAGCUUUUACAAAGAAAUUCAAGACUGUAACUGCACUUUUCUUGGUUCUUUUUGGAUUAAUGACUGUUAUUACUUUGGGUUUCAUUUAUUAUCAUAACAAAUCGACAAUCUUUUAUUGGGCACUGCUGGUUGUUCUGCCUUACUUUGUGAUGGGUGUGACUUACUUAAGGUUCUGUUUUUACAUUGAAAUCAUCAAUAUUAAUCUACAGACUGUUUAUGAUGUCCUGAAGAGAGCUUUUGACCUGAAACAAAUCAUGAAAAUUGAGGACAUUCAGGAGUUUCAUGCAGACUUGAUGAUCAUCACUAAACCUGAGAAUGAGACAAUUUUUAACACUGUUGUUAUUCUUAAAAGGAUUUAUGGACUUCUAUAUGAAAUAUCCACAUGGGUCAAUGAAGUUUCAGGAGUUGCAUCAAUCUUACAAAUUUUGGUAUUCAUCAUAGGAAACAGCUCAGCUGGAUAUAAAGUCUUUCUCAUAUCCUCUGGAUUAAUGCCAAUUGGAAGAAUCGCAGUUCCAAUCUACACAAUGGUUUUUACAUACGGAACUCUAGCAGUGAUUGUAGUUUAUGCAUGCUCAUGUUAUGAUACUGUAAUCUUGAUCUACUUCCAUAAUUCUACAAAAUACUAA